UGUCGUCGUCGCUCAUACGCAACGUUGGCCGGGCGGAAAACUCAGAUUUCCACCGACCUCGGUUAUUAAUUGCUACUUUUGACGCGUGUGUUGCGGUCAAAUAUUUCUGCGUGGUUUGAAAAUUGUUUAGAAAAAAAAAUCAUCAAAGGAAAAAGCAUAAAUGCCAAGCAUUUCGUGAAACAAAAGUUACACUAAAAUUGAUUAAAUAUGUGUUAAUUGCCGAGUAUUACAUACAUUUAUAAAGAGAAAACAUAUCCUAAGUUUGCAACAACUUAAUUGCCCCGCCAACAACAUUUUUGACUGUAUUUCCCCCCUAAAAAUCUCCCAACACGGGUUCUAGACCUUCUGCGGUGAGGGGAUCCACAGACAUUUGACUGAGUUGCCAGUUGAAGCGAGAGUUGUCUCCAUGACAAUAUUCGUAUGCCAUACAUCCAUAUGUGUACAGUGCACACUGUACAUGCAGGGUGGAAAAUGGAAAACUGAGGAGUGAGAGCCAAAGUGAAACAAAGUGGGCCCGAAGUAAGAUGUCAGCAGCGUUAGUGCAAAAGGCGGCGGAAACUCAACUCGACCAGUCACCGGAAGUGGGCGUGGCACAGCUCGCUACCAUAUCGUUGCUUUUGCAAUACGACAUAGACAACACACUGAAUGCCAUUAAGGAGCAAAAGAAGAUGACGCUGGACGCUCGAUUGGGUGGCGAACAGUCCGCCGUGAUGAAUAACAACCAGGACAAGGACAUCAAUCGAAACAUGACGGAACAGACAGAGCUGGAGGUGGUGGGAUUGGGUCUGGAUCUGAAGAGCAAUGAGACGGCCUUCAUGCCGCCCACUCCGCCGGCCACGCCCAACCUGCAGAGCACUGCCCAGAAACGCUGGAAGAUACUGGCCAAGGUGCUGCGUAAGGACUCCGAGGAGACGGUCUCCUCCUCCAGCGAUGAGUUCGCCGAGGAGCAAACUGCCUCCGUGCGGCGCUUUAAGAGCUUCGAUCUUCUGCGCCAGGACAGCUUCGAGGAUCAUGUGAGUCUCAAGUGCCUGGGCAAGACGGAGAACUGGUACAAGUACCGCAUGCAGUUGGAGAACGAGUCGGAGUACUCGGUGAACAUCCAUCACAUGGAGCGCCAGCUGACCGCCAGUGAUCUGAUGGGGUUCAAUAACACAGGCAACAUAUGCGUUUGGCCCUCGGAGGAAGCCUUGACCGCCCUGGUUCUCUCCGAGGUGGCCUCGUACAGGGGCAAGUGGAUCCUGGAACUGGGCGGGGGAUUCACCUCCCUGGCCGGCCUAAUGUUGGCCAAAUAUGCCACUCCCUAUGCCGUCCAUCUGACCGAUGGCAAUGAGAUAUCGGUGGAGAAUGUGAGGAAGACGGUGUGUCUCAAUGAGCUGAGCUGCUAUACCAAAUGCUCGGUUCUCAAGUGGCAGGAGAAGUGCGCCCGAUCCCAGGCGGAGCAGGCCAAGUUCGAUUUCAUCCUUUGCGCCGACUGCCUGUUCUUCGAUGAGGCUCGAUCCGCCCUGGUGGACACCAUCUGGUAUUAUCUGGCCCCAGAGGGUUCAGCCCUUAUAAUGGCCCCUCGGCGCGGUCGCACUUUAAGCGUUUUCCAGGACGAAUGUGUGGCCAGGGGCUUCCGCGUGGAGCUGGCCACCCGGUAUAACGAGACCAUCUGGCAGCGGCAUCUCCAGCUGAAGGCCGACUCGGACCUCUACGACGAGGACCUCCACUAUCCUCUGCUCCUGCGGCUGUGCAAGAGCCACAGCUAGGAGAAAACCGAGGGGAGAAGGACAAUUGGGAAGCCACUUGGCUGCAGUAGGUGCAAUUAAACUUAGUCAAUGUUUUAGUUGAUAGCAAGCAAAUUCCAGUUUACACCUUAAACAUAAAUGAGGCCAACCUGCAGGUCUCGACGAACAAAAAGAAAUUCCUCCCACACUGAAGAAAAAAUGUAGCAAGUCAAUCUCGUUAGACUGGUGCUAGAAAUUAACGUGAAAUGUUUGGGAAAACUAUUAUUGGUUAUAAAUAAAUUUGGUUUAUAAGAUAAAGAAUACCUACACACAGAAAACAAUGAUUUCCCUUAUGGCUAAACUAUUAAUUUUCUUUUGAACAAAAGUUUCUCACUGUCUAAAAAAUGUUUUCCUCAAAAAUAUAGUAAAAAUGUAUAUUCCUUUAAAGAAAAAAAAAAUAUUUACUUAAUAUCUACACAAUAUCUGUACACAAGUACUACUUUACCUAUUUGUUUUAAAGUCUAUUUGGGACUUUCCUAGCCAUAUCUAUAAUACUCAAGGUAAAUUUUAAUGAAAAUUAUACAUAUUCUCGGCUUUAAAGCACCAGUCUAGUGAUCACUUUUAGCACGUAGUUCACUGUUAAGUUGUGUAACAAAAAAUUCCUUUGAUAUGUAAAUUUAAUUUGCGUUGAUUCCACAAGUUUUGUAACUAUUUUUUUUUUACAAAUACUCCUCGUUAUGUAUAUGUAGUUACCUUUAUGUAUGUUACACACCCCCACCCACACCCACUUCCACACCGAUACCACCACCCACAUACACAUACACACAUACACACAAGUAUUAUUUAAAUAUAAUGUAUACGCUGAAUAGCAUACCUUUGGGCUGCUUUAGUAGAAGCGCAGUGAACACCCUCAACUGAAAGGCGGAAAAUGGAUUCCCAGAAACCAUACACAAAGCAGCAGCGCUCGACCAAUUAAUUAAUAGUUAACUAAACUUAGUGUACUGUAAUUACCUAGAGCAUGUGUUAAUGGUUAUAUGAUGAUGAUGAGAUAAAUACAGUAUCGAAAUGCCACAUA